UUCAGUCUCACUUUUACUUUGACCGUGAGAUUGACUUGGUUGCGACGCACUGCUAUGUGUUUGUUUAUGUCGAACAUAAAUACCAAGUCUUAAAAGGGACAGAGCACUGCGGGGGACGGUAUUUUACAGGACGGUAUUGUGGAUUUAACACGGAAUAUCUGACCAAACCUUAAAACAUCAUGUGUCGAUAUUGUGAUAUCGCCUUGAUAAUAUGUUUAUCUGUCAUGUUCGUCGGAGUUGAAAACGUAUCGGAUCAUCUUCCUCCACCGAAAAAUCUGAAAUUUAUAUGGCUUUCACCUUUCGAUUUGAAUUUGACAUGGGAAAAACCUGAGGGUUUGGAUCCAACCUGCAGAGUGAACUAUACCAUAGAAGUGCAUGACAAGAACUGUUUUUCCAAGAGUUCACAGAAAAAACGAACCUGUAAUUUAUUCUACACUUUCAAUUUGUCCAACGAAAAGGGAUUAUGCAUCACUGUUACUACAAACUCUGAAAACUGUGGAAAAAAAAAUACCAGCCUACCAAGCUACUUUACCAUCCCUUCACCACCAGUGACGCUGGUGAGAAACUUAAGCUGCCUGUAUUAUUCCAUAAACAACUUAACAUGCACUUGGAAUCUUGCUGAUGAUGUCCAAGACCUCAGUUUUUAUUACAGGUUACACCAGAAAAAACUAGAUCACAUCACAAAGUGUUCCUCGUAUAUAAAUGACAUGAUGAAGAUCAAAGGAUGUGAGAUAUACAGUAAAGAUUUCAAGGAGAAUGUAGAUGACAUGUUCUUUAUGUUUAAUGGAACUCAUAAGGGCAUUUCUGUUAACAACACCUUCAAGAUAGAAGAUCCAGGUUUCAAUGUCAAUUCCUUUGCAGUGAAACUAAAGAAACCUGAACUGAUAAUCAGAAGAGACGAGCAAAAGCUCUACUUUCAAACGAUCAGAUCAGGUUUUGAACAGUUUGCAGAAGACUGUUUUGAGUACACAUACACAUAUACCAAGUGCAAUGAAAAGCAUGACUCGAUUCGAGGAGGGAAGGAAUAUCCUUUGUCAUAUGAUCAUAUGUGCAAGUACACAGCCAAGGUGCAGAUCCUCUUUAAAGGCCAUUGUGGUACAGGGGAGAGUGAACUGAGUGAUGAAGUGGAUUAUGGGGACAACAGGAAUCCAAAUGUGCCUGUUUUACUGGCUGUCAUUAUCGUCCCUCUCGUAGUUUCCUGUUGUUUGAUAGCGUGUCUUGUGCUCAUCCACAGACAUAAAGACAGUAUUCUUCCUAAAAUUCCAGAACCAUCACUUUUGUUCAAGGACAUGAUCUACAACAAUAUCAAAAUGACAGAUGAUCCAAGGAACCCUCCUGUUGGCCCAAUGUAUAUACCCAUCGAAGAGACUGUAAACAAAAUAAGUUUUGUGCCUGAGACAACACUCCUAAACAAAGGCCAGUGAAGAAUGGAACACCGUGGCAAGAAUAAAACCUGUGACCACUGAAAAUGUUCACCUGUGGAUUUUCAAACAUUAAAAUCAGGGAGGACUCUUAAAACUUGAAAUUAAGAGACAUGUAUAUGCGUCUAUGUUUAACCUUCUACAACUGCUGUUGUCCCUCCCUGUCAUCUUAUAAGAACAGCAACAAACAAAGCUCACUUACUGUACCUUUGUUAUGGACUCUGACCUCACUGCUAAGACAUUUUACUUUUUUUUGCUAGUAAAUUGCUCUUUUUGGAACAACAGAAGCUUUUUUCAAUGAAUGAAUUGUGGAGAUAAGCAAUAAAUGAACUUUCCUGGAACGUGCUGAUUUGAAGUGACUAUCUGGUAGAUGGAGCCAUGGGUGUAUUCACUCCAACCAUCCGGAAAGCCCCAACAAAAGCUUUAAACCAUUUUCAAAAGAGGAAUACUGCAAAAAGGUUUCAUGCUAUUCGGGAAAUGGAUCCAUCUGGGAUCUCCUACUCCUUUUGCUUUUCCAUGCUUGUUUAUAUAGCAGUUUUAUUUUAAUGGAUGAAUGGGUGUUGCUGAACGUCGUUUAUAACCUCAAUGUACAAAUUUAGUGCGAAGGUUACAUUCACCUUAGCCAUUCGCAUUUUAAUUUUGCAUACAUUUUGUCAUUUAAUUGUUGAAAACCUUGUCAGUUAGAAUAUAUCCUGUGUAAUAAUGAGAGAUGUCUAAAUAAUUGUAGAAACAAAUAUUUACUUAUUAUUUUUCAGCUUUUAUUUCUUUCAUUGCAUUACCAGUGGGAAAGAGGUUUAUUCCUUGUUCGUACUAGCUGUGCCUUUAAAUUGUUUAAUGUGAUUGGUAAAACAUUUUGAGUAGGCUUUUUACACCUUUUCGCGUUGAUUUGCUGGUGUAUUACAUGCAGGUUUGUAGACUAUUCAGGAUGAUUCCAACCUAAAAAAAGAACAAACAUUUAUAAAUAGUUCCCAAGGUUUUUGCUCAUCAGGUCUUGACUUUUUAAUGAUGUCAAGCACAUAAGUUUGCAGACAGGCCUUAACAUUCAUCUCUAGGGUACACUUUCAAUUCUCCAAAACUCCAAUUUGCCCAUCAAAAGCUAACUGUAUAUUUGUCAGUGGUUUGACUAAAGUAAUUUAAAGCUAUGGUUAACAUAGCAAAUGUAUAAAUGUCUAACCUACUGGAAUUGGGAUGUAGUGAAUAAAAAAUGAAAUCUGUAAGCUAUUGUUUGUUUCAUGCCAUUGUUUAAAUAGAGAUUUGUAGUUCAAACUUCUGACUUUAACUGAACUGCUUCUGACUUAGUGUACACAAAAAUAAUUAUUUAGAUAAAUUUUAAGAUUGUGGGUUUUUCUAGACACUGUGAAGAAUGUUUUAGGUGUUUUAUUGCAAAAUACCAAGACACAUCAUGUAGCACUGCUUGUGAAAACCAGACUAAAGUCUCAUAAUCUAAUUAUUAUGAUAUAAAAGUCAAAGUCCUUUACAUUGUCUUAAUCAAUGUUUACGUUAUAAAGAUUAUGUGCCUUAUAUCAUGUAGGAAGAUCUUAUGUAGAAAACAGUAACAUGACUUUAGCUAGGUUUUCACAGGCACGGUGACAUAGAAAGAUAUUUUAAUCUUUAUAUGCAUAUACCUUGACAUGAUUUUUAAAAAUAUUUUAGUACACAUAUGUUUUGUUUUGAUUUUGUAAAUAUGUGUUCUAAAAUUCUAAUAUCAUCAUAUUUGUUUUAUCUGUUUGGUGAUCUGCCAAAGGUGAAUAUACUGUAAUAAAAACACACUGGAAUACAUUCA